GGAGAGUGCUCCGGAAUGGGUUUGGGGGAGCUCGUGGACGGGGGCCUCAGGACCGAAAACGUUAGGCUUCCUUCUACAGACCUGAAGAGAUGUUUGCUGUGGGUACCAUUCGGACCUGGGUUUCUUCGUUGUCUGCAGCAAGCGCUUUGUGAUGGAUUACACACACAAACAAACCCUGCCUUGUCAUUCUGCUGUUGUUGUGGGGCAGUGAGGUUGGCAGGUUCCUCACCAACUUCCCUCCUCCAGCAAGUGCUGCCGUCACCAGUGUUUACGUUGCCCUCUGCAGCUCAGUGGCAGAAUGGCCGGCGCAUGGCCACCCUCCACCAGAUGCACAAGGCGGGCAAACCCAAGAGGCCCCCUCGCAAGCUGGGCGCCACCUUUGGGCACCCUCAGCUCAAGGGUGUGGUACUCAAAACCAUGAUCCGCAAACCCAAGAAGCCCAAUUCGGCCAACCGCAAGUGCGCCCGCGUCCGGCUCAGCAACGGCAAGGAGGUGAUCUGCUUCAUCCCUGGAGAAGGCCACAACCUCCAGGAGCACAACAUUGUGCUGGUGGAAGGGGGGAGGACACAGGACUUGCCCGGCGUCAAGCUCAAGAUUGUGCGGGGGAAGUACGAUUGUGCCCAUGUGCAAAAGAAGUCGUGAGACUGUCCCAGGACUCGAUGUGAACUUUAAAUGGUGUUUGUAUUUAACAGCUGCUUCCUUGGGCAUCCUCAAGGUCAAGUUUAUUGUGAUCUGACUGUACAACCAAAUGAAACAACGUUCCUCUGGUCCACGGAGCACCCACACAGCACAUGGAACAAAAUAUUGCCAUAAAUAAUCAAUAAUUAAUAAAAUAAAAUUAAAAUGCAUG